AUGUUGUCUCAAGAUAGCGUAUCAUCUUUAGAGAAUCGUAAAAAGUUUGAUAUUUCUGAAGAGACAUUUAAUGAUGACGAUUCUAUCUUAUUAAAUGAUGAUAUAACUGAAGGAUUGAUUAUUGAUCCUGUCGGACGUAGUAGAUGCGUUAAAAAUCGACAGAAUGUUCUUGAACGUUCAGUAUCCACUAAAGAAAAUUCUAAUGAUGAUAUAGAUAAUUCCAAUAAUAUCAAUGAAUAUGAAUUACUUAAAUCUUCUGCAAAUGACAAUUAUGACUUUAAAUCCGAGCAUAUUCAUCAUAAUGGACAUGUAAAGUAUCAAAUUGCUGGAAGUGCACCAGUUGGUAACGGUAAAUGGUCUACUUUAAAAAGAAAGAAACUCAAUAUCGACCUUCGUUUGGGUGAAGUAUCGGAGAACGAAAUUCUUAGUAAUUCACAAAUCGAAACUCUCAUAGUGAAUCAUAAUUUAGAUGAAAAUACAAAAAAUAUUAUUCCUAUUCCUUUAUCUCCUUUAUCACCUCGCACUAGUUUGUUAACAGCAGCCUUCAGUUUGGAGUUACAAAAUAGUUCAAUUACAUAUACAAAAAGUGAGAAUCUAUCUUUAUCAAAUAUUAAUACGUCUCCAUUGGAAAAGAAUUUUGCAAAUCAUGAAAAUAGUCCGCCUACUGUUUCUUCUUCAAUCAAACUAUUAGUCGUCAAUAACAAAGUAAAUAUUAUGCAAAAUAAUGAUGAGACGAUUUUAGACAAUAAUCAAAGUGCUCAUAAUUUAUUAUCAAAAACUAAUGAUAAAAAGUCAGAACACUCGAAUAAUUUACAAAUGUUGUUCGUAGAUACAAAUAACAAAUUAGAUAGCAAAGAUGUAUCAGAUAAAAUUGAAGAUACGAAUCAAAAGUAUAGUAGUUAUAUUUAUGAUAAUCAAAGGAAAACUCUUUUAUCGGGAAAUUUUGGUUUAGCAGUAAAGAAAAGUUGGAAUAAUGAAAUUAUUGAAUCUGAAAAAAUUUUAGAUAAACACAAAAAUGAAAUCCCAAGAUGGUCUGUUACCUUUGCCGAAAUUCAAUUAGUUAAACAUUUAAUGUCGGGACAAAAUGUGAAUAAAGAAGUUCCUGAACUAACGAAUUCAUUAAACGAGGCCGAGAAAUUGGCUAAUAAAGUUUAUGAUAAUAAAGAUGAUUUUGAGGCAACAUUUACUACAUUUAGAACUGAUAUUUGGAAAAAAGAUAUCAAACCAAACAGCACACCUGCAGAAGAUGAAGCAGAAUUUGCAUCACUUCGUGCAAAUUAUCGAUGGGAUUGUGAAUUAUCAUUGGCUGACGUUCUUCUCUUCAUGUCCGUCUUACAAGUUAUUGGACAUAAUGAGAUUAAAGGGGCAUUUAACUUAAGUAGAGCAUGGAAGAUUUACUCCAAGGUACGAGAUGAAAUCGAUCGAAUUAAAAACAGUGCUAAAAAAAAUGAUAAUAGUGAACCUAGCAGUGCAAGUAGUGGUAAAUGGUAUUUUAGUAGUAGUCUAAUAGGAAAACGUGGAAGCACUGCGAGUAAUUCCGGACUUUUUGGUAGUCAUAAACGAGAUAGUUCGAGUGGAAUGAGUGAUUCUGUCAACUUAAUAGAAGUUGACCCUGACAUUGAAGAUUGUCUAGAAUUUAGUAUUGGCGUCUUUUAUUUUGUUGUUUCAAAUGUUCCCGGAUCAUUCUUGACCAUGCUAAAAGCAUUUGGAUUUAAUGCUGACCGUGAAAGAGCUAUUCGAAUGAUUGAAAAUUGUUAUAAUCGUGAUGGUGUUCGAGCUCCCUUCGCCGCUUUGUUCCUUCUUGUCAAUUAUCUUUUCCUGACUCGAGGACUUGCUGAUGCUGCACCAUCACUAACCAGAGCUGGAGUGAUCGUUAAAGAAUGCUGUGAAAAAUUUCCAUACGGUUCAUCAUUUUUAUUUAUGGCCUGUCAACAAGCUCGUAAAACAGAAAAUAUCCAAGGAGCUAUAAACUAUAUAACUGCUAGUAUUAAAAGUUGUGAAAAUGCUGGCAUUACUAGCACAAUUCAUCGAUUCGAAAUGGGGAUUACAUAUUUAAUUAAUCAAGACUUUUCAGCAGCCAAGGACAUAUUCGAGUUACUUUUCUAUGGUAACACGAUUGUUUUUACUAAUAACAAAGGAUCUAUUAGACUUCAAGAAUCAUUGAAAGGCUCUGGCCAUUUCAAAACUCGAGAUAAUGGCACGAAAAAGAAUCUUUUAUCACAAUUUUUCGAAUUUGAAUUGAGACCAUUCUGUGGAUUAUGUUUGGCAGGAUGUUAUCUUUUAGUUAUGUCCAAAGAAAAUUCUAAUAAAGAAGCUCUUGAUGUUUUAAAACAAACUCAAGCAAUGACCAAUCAUCAAGUAGAGAAUAGUAGUAGUACGGCUUGUUGCAUUGGAUUUGCUGGAUUUGGAGUCGGAAUUUCCAAAGAUAAAAAGGAGUCGAAGAAUCGUUAUAACCAAUUUGCUGGUCGACAUUCUUCUAAAGAUGUUAAAAAAAAUUCAGUUUCACCUUUUAUUUUAUUUGUUAUUCUUUACUUUCGAAGGGAUAUUGUCUAUAUGCCUUUAAAAUUAAAAGAAAAAUGGGCGAGCUUGCUAGAAACAAUAUGGGAGAAAAUUCAAAAACCAACUGAUACAGACACACAUGCUAUAUACUUACUCAUUCGUGGAGUUUUUGAAAAGUUCUUGAACACACCUACAACCGCUCAAACAACACUUUGCGAGUGUAUAUCUUUAGAAACGGAUAUUGUUAGUGAAACUUGGGUCAUUCCUCAUUGCAGAUAUGAACUUGGUGAAUUAUUUUAUAAACAGCUUAAUAAUCGAGAAGCAGCUAUGGAACAAUUUAAAUGGAUAUUAAAAGGGCCACGACCGAUAUCACGUAGUGGUGGUAUAAUUCCACGAAAUAUCAAUAAUAUCAAUUCACGAAAAUCAAGAUAUCCAUCAGAUCAUCAUAACGCAUCAGUAUAUAAUAAUCCAGAUAAGUUUAAGAAAUAUGAAUUUUCUAGAAGUUUGAAGACUCGAUGCACUGUAGCAACAGAACAAAUUAAUCGUGAAGUAACGACAGCACAAGAUCCCCCAUCACCAUCUUCAUUUUUAUCAACAUCUCACGUUCGAAAAAAGAGUGGAUCAAAUUCAAGUUUGUUAAAAGAAGUUCAAGAACAAUCUCUUAAACGACAAUUGAAAUCCACACCAGAAAAAGUACAUAUGUUUGGUAUCAAUAUCAAGAAAGGUCAUAAACCAGGAAGCAGUAAUUUAGCACAAAAUAAUGUCGAAGAUAGCAAUGACAAAGUAACCAAAGAUAAAAAAACUACUGGAUUUAAAUUUUGGUGA